AUCCUUAAUUUUAGUCCAUACAUUUCAUUCAUAUUAAGUCCCCAAAUCUCUCUACGUUUCAACAUGCCUAAAACCUUCUCAAAGCUACUCUCCUCCACUUUCUUUUUUCUAUCUACUCUGCUCUUCUUCUCCAUUAAACUUGCCUCUGCAAAACCCCAUGGCUUCUCAAACAGUUUGUCUCCCAAACACUUGGGCCUCAAACGACAGAAACUCAGUCAUCUUCACUUCUACUUCCACGACGUCGUCAGCGGACGAAAUCCCACUGCUAUCCGGGUCGCCAGUGCAGCCUUGACGAACAAAUCCGAGGCUGGUUUCGGCACUGUCGUGAUGGUUGAUGACCCUUUGACGGCUACACCCGACCGGAACUCCAAGCUUGUGGGAAAAGCGCAAGGGAUUUACGCAUCCGCAGCGCAAGACGUUGUUGGUUUGUUAAUGGUAAUGAACUUGGCUUUCGUGGAAGGCAAGUAUAACGGUAGUGCCCUUAGUCUUUUGGGGCGGAACACGGUGUUCUCGACGGUGAGGGAGAUGCCUAUCGUCGGCUGUAGCGGCCUUUUCCGAUUUGCCCGUGGAUAUGCUCAGGCGAAGACUCAUACAUUCAAUAUUAAAACUGGGGAUGCAGUUGUGGAGUACAACGUCUAUGUCCUUCAUUAUUGAUAAGAGUAUAUGAUUAAUGUAUGAAUCCCAAUGGCUUGAGAUUUUGUGGACUUUUGUCUUCUUCUGUAUAACUUGAUAAUUUGCUUUAAAUUUAUAUGCUUUGGACAA